CUAAAACGCAAAUUAAUAUCCUGACAUGGUAAAGGUUUUAUCACUUCCUUCUUCUCACUAGUUAGGUUUGUUACCCUUCCGACGCCUUCCAUGGCGAGCAUCGAUCUGGAGAAGAAAGCGAAGGAAGCUUUCGUUGAUGACAACUUUGAGCUGGCCGUUGAUCUCUAUACGCAGGCCAUCGACUUGGAUCCCAAAAGCGCCGAUCUAUAUGCUGACCGUGCUCAGGCAAACAUCAAACUCGGCAGCUUCACCGAGGCUGUAUCAGAUGCAAACAAAGCUAUUGAAUUGGAUUCUUCGAUGGCCAAAGCUUACCUAAGAAAAGGAACUGCUUGUAUGAAGCUUGAGGAAUAUCAAACUGCAAAGGCAGCUCUUACUGCAGGCCUUUUGUUGGCACGGAACUCUCGAUUCAGCCGAUUAGUUAAAGAAUGCGAUGAGCGCAUUGCAGAGGAAACUAAAGAUAUCUCAAAAGCGACAUUGCCUAUUUCCUCCCAGAGUUCUUCAUCAACUUCAGAUGUUAAUGUUGAGAGUGUGAUUAAUGGCCAGUCCACACAGGAUGUAGGCCACCACCCUCAGGCCUCAAUUCAAAGCAAACCAAAAUUCAGGCAUGAUUAUUACAAUACCUUGACGGAAUUAGUUUUGACUAUUUUUGCAAAGGGCAUCCCACCACAAAAUGUGCAUAUUGAAUUUGGAGAACAAAUUUUGAACGUUUCAAUAGAUAUACCUGGUGAAGACUCGUUCCUUUUUCAACCUCGCCUAUUUGGAAAGAUUAUUCCAGAAAAAUGUAAAUAUUUUGUUUUGCAAACCAAAGUUGAGAUCCGUCUUGCAAAAGCUGAAGCUGUCUCAUGGCCAACCUUGGAGUACAAUAAGGAUAAAGCGCUUCUUCAAAAGAUUAUUGUUCAAUCAGAAAUUAAGAACCAGAAACCUUCCUAUCCCUCUUCCAAAAAGAAAGUUGAAUGGGAUAAGCUUGAAGCUGAGGUUAAAAAGGAGGAGAAGGAUGAAAAAUUAGAUGGCGAUGCUGCAUUGGGCAAACUUUUCCGUGAUAUAUAUCAGAAUGCAGAUGAAGACAUGCGACGAGCAAUGAAUAAAUCUUUUACUGAAUCAAAUGGGACAGUGUUGUCUACAAAUUGGAAAGACGUUGGUGCUAAGAAAGUGGAUGGAAGCCCACCUGACAGUAUGGAGUUUAAGAAGUGGUAGAAAGAAUUCGAGAAUUAUGUGUGUUUGUUAGCCGCCAUUUGAAGCCGCUGUGUGAUCCCACCUGAAGUCUAGGCCGUGCAUUGUUAGUGUGCUUUUUCCUAGUCAGUUUUUGAGAAUCUUCAGGGUUUUUUCUAUAAAAUUUUCUGAAAAACUUGAAAAAAUUUGCUCUUUAAUUCCAUUUGUGCAGAUGUCAAGUCGCAGCUUUUGAUCAUGCUGUUGAAGCUUUAGCUGUGUUUUGCUGUAUUUAUAUGUUUAUCUUGUUCUUACA